AUGGGAUCCAAAGAAAUCACACAAUUAAAUCUACCAAACACUUCAUACACUCCAGAGCAGCAACAACCACACAUCUCAGAAUUACCAUGGACCAUAAAUAAUUGGUAUUUAAAAAUCAAUUGGUUGAAUAUGAUCUUAGUCGUAUUCAUCCCAAUCAUUGGAUUCUAUUUAGCCAUUUCAAAACAUGUCCCCUUACAAAUGAAUAUCUUAUAUUUUUCCUUAGCAUAUUACGUCAUUGCUGGUAUAACCAUUACAGCAGGUUAUCAUCGUCUAUGGUCACAUCGUUCAUACGUUGCCAAAUGGCCAUUACGUUUACUUUUCGCCCUAUUUGGUGCUGCAAAUGUGGAAGGCUCUAUUAAAUGGUGGGCUCAUUCUCAUAGAAUUCAUCAUCGUUAUACAGAUACACCAAGAGAUCCAUAUGAUGCAAGAAAAGGAUUAUGGUAUUCUCAUAUGGGGUGGAUGCUUUUAAAACCAAAUCCAAAAUAUAGAGCAAGAGCUGAUAUUUCUGAUUUAAAUGAUGAUUGGAUCGUUAGAUUUCAACAUAGACAUUAUAUCCCAUUAAUGAUUUUUAUGAGUUAUAUCUUACCAACUUUAAUUUGUGGGAAAUUCUUUAAUGGUGAUUACUUGGGUGGGUUUGUUUACGCGGGGAUUAUUAGAGUUUUCGCUAUUCAACAAGCUACUUUCUGUAUUAAUUCAAUGGCUCAUUAUUUAGGUGAUCAACCAUUCGAUGAUAAAAGGACGCCAAGAGAUAAUUGGUUGACAGCUUUGGUUACUUUUGGUGAGGGAUAUCAUAAUUUCCAUCAUGAAUUCCCAACUGAUUAUAGAAAUGCUAUUAAAUGGUAUCAAUAUGAUCCAACAAAAGUUUUCAUUUAUAUGACUUCAUGUUUAGGAUUGGCUAAUGGAUUGAAAAAAUUCUCACAAAAUGCAAUUAAACAAGCUUUAGUACAACAAAGAGAAAAGAAACUUUUAAAAUUUAAAAAUAAUGUUCAUUGGGGACCAACUUUGGAUGAAUUACCAAUUUGGGAUAAGAAUGAUUUUAUGAAUGAAGUAAAUAGUAAUAAUAACAGGAAAUUGGUAAUUAUAUCAGGGAUUAUUCAUGAUGUUACUAACUAUACAAAGGAACAUCCAGGUGGUGAAAAACUUUUAAAUAGUGCCGUUGGUAAAGAUGGAACAAGAGCAUUCCAAGGUGGGGUUUAUCGUCAUUCAAAUUCAGCUCAUAAUGUUUUAGCUGAUAUGAGAAUCGCUAUCUUAAAAGAGAAGAAAGAUUCUGCAAUUAAUUUCGUUAAAAGAAGAGGUGAAAAAUUUGAUAAACAAAAACUUGAAUAG